AUGUUAUGCUGCAGGAACCACAGCACUAAGCUGCAGGGACCAGCACUACCUGAGACAGUUGCAAGAGCACGGAAACACAGCAGGCAAAGCAUUCCACUGGCUGUGGGGAGCACAGAAGGAGGUACUGCAUGGGGUGUAGAGCAGGACGUGAGGAAGCGGAAUACCGAGCUGGAAGUGUGGACGGGCACUUACGGGGUACUGGAGCGACCCCAACCAAUGUUCCUCAACAAAAAUACUGUACCCGUGCCCGCCUACAUAUGGAAGAUGAUCUAUGACCGUGAAAAAAAAUCUACUGAUAUCAUAGUCUUGGUCAACGACAUUACUGGAAAUGGAACUCUUAAAGGAGCAAAACUGAAUGCCGCCCCAUUUUGUACUGACAAGAAUGAAAACUGUGCAUGUUUUCCAUGUCCAAUACGGAAUGUAAGAGAAGAACAAAUAUUCUGUUGCGACGCCAAUGUCCUCAGAAAUACCAUCAAGUAUCUACCUACAGUCCCUGCCAUUCCUAAAGAUGGCUUAAGGAGUUAUUAACUAAAUCAACACACCACACUAUACAGUACGGUACACUAAAUGUCGUAUGUGCUUUCAUUCCCUUUUACUUCCCCCCAGUCACCCAAAAUGGGGAACAGAACACCGGUGAGUCUGUUUGUCUGAAACAAAAGUAUAUAAAACACUUAUCCUCCAGUUUCAGAGCAUGGUUUAAAUAGAUAUAUCUAUGUAUGUAUAUGGCACCACUGUGCCGACCCGAUGAGCUUAUCAUACACACUUUCCUUCAUAUUUAUUUUGUGUGGCUCUUUGACGUUGUUCUGUGAAAUUUCAGUGGAACUUCACUAUUAAGUUUAUUAACUUUGUAAUUUGUUAUAAGAUUCUAUAAGACAUGCCGCCCGACCUGCCGGUUAGUAAGCUGACAAUUGGUGAGGAGAAUAAAGGCAAGAAAGAAUAAACCCAGCUUAAUACAAAUGGUGGAUGUUCACUUCAUUGGUGUCAUGAGGUAUACUGACAACUUGGUUCCAAUCAGGACUAACGGGAUUUCCGACUCUUGUUUACCGAACACACUGAUUGGUUCAACUGCUCGCGUUGUGAUUGGUUGCGAGAACGUGAGUCCAUGACGUAAUAUUACGAUUUUCUAUAAUAGAAUGUGUGGUGAGGGGUAACGAAGAUCCCAGUUACAGUAAUUAUAUUAGAGUAGUCCUCAUACUCAGUGAAUUUCAUUGUUCCUGUCAUUAAUUUUAUAAAUUUCUGAACAAUAAACACCAUUCAGAGUGUUACAUUAGAUUUUUUUUUUGUUUUCUU